CGAAUACAUGCACCAAAUCAUCAAGAGAAAGCAAUAUCGCAGUCUAUAGUUCAAUGUGUUAAACAGCCCGAAGGUAGCGGUGCUUUAUAUCAAGCUAUUGCCGGUGGUAUUCUUUUGAUACAAUCGCACUUCGACGGCAGCGCCAAGUAUAUCGUCCACUUCGAUGAGAUAGAUAUCUUCAUCGAUAACCCAGCCCCGGGCAGUGCAUAGGCAGUGCACCCUGAGCUUAGAUACCAUGGCGGAAAAUAACACCUCGAGGACCGCGCCGUUUUACAGCGUGCCCUCCCGUCGUAUCGUCUCCAUCGAGCACCCUGCUAUUAUCAAGAACGUGGACAAGGCCAUUGAUACGCUUCAAGGAAAGACGGGCAUUAUCAAGGCUCUCGACCCGCCCAAGGCGGAUACCCCGGCAAACCUUGUGCUUCGGCCAGAGGACGCAAUGUCAAGACCAAUGCAGUCUAUAAGCUCGGCGUCGAAUAAUAUCCUUCUCCAAGUGACCGUCCCCAAGCGGACGGGUAGAAAGCGAAAGAGGGGUUCGAAUGAUCCUUUUACCGGUGUUCCAGCUACUGAGACUUAUGAUGGGCCGCCACGGCCUACUGCGCGCCAGUUUAUGCAGAGCCUGCGUGAUAACGUAGGGAAGUACCAGGUUGAGCCUGUUGGGUCUGUUGAACGCACACAUGUGUUUCGAGGAAUGCCGGACUUUGUCUUCUCAACCACCAAAAGCCCGUUCGUCAAUCGGUUCCGUGAGACGAUAUUACCAUUCGACUUCGAAAAGAUGAAAGAGUUCGACCUAGACAUGAGUAAAGGAGCCACCUCAAACGUCGACCUCAUCCCUCCUCCCUCUUUCAGCCACGGAGACAUCCCCUUUAACUACUUUUAUCGCCAAAACCCAACUGUUCGUCAAACUCUCGAUACUUCCGGCAACAUCACGACAGUCAACACCCAACAAGCUGCCAAAGUCCUCACCCACCUCGUCCCCUUCGAUGCCACCACAGUCCCCUCAUCUCCACGCCCCAACUGCCCUCCAAUUGAAUCCCUCGAACCUGUCCUCCGCGAAACAAUCUCUAUCGUCCUCUCCCGCUUCGAGUCCCGCCCGGCUUGGUCCCGCCGCGCCCUUCGCAAUUCCCUCAGCACAAUCGAACAACGCUAUGCCCUUCGCCAUGCAGUUCCUUACGCAGGGUACAUCUUCCGCUCUGGGCCCUGGCGCGACGCUAUCAUUCGCUUCGGCCACGAUCCCCGCUCCGACCCAUCCUCCCGAAUCUAUCAAACAACCAUGUUCCGCAUCCUCCCCGGAACCUCCGAGACAGCCCGCGACAAUAGAGAAAGCAGAGAUACCUCCGGCGGCCGCCGGCACACCCUCCUCCCGCGCCCCAACGACCUCACCAACCCCGAAGCCGCAACAUCCGAAACAUCUCACCUCUUCACUGGUCAACCCCCACUACCCCUAGAUGGUCGAAUGUGGAUGUUUUGCGACAUCACAGACCCGCUCCUCCAAUCCAUCCUCUUCCCCUCCCCCGAACCGGCAAACUUCCUCCGCAAAACCUGCGACACCACAGUCGAUGGGUGGUACGGCAAUGGCACGACGGCGAAGCUAAAAGCCAUAAUGCGGCACAAGAUCUUGGCUUUAUAUGAAGGGCGAACGACCGAUGAUUCCGAGUACGCGCCGCUCCUGAGACUGCCGGACCAUGCGAGCCCUGCAACGGGGCUUGGUGGGUUUGGUCUUGAUCCUGGGAGUUCGUCGGUUACGGCUAUGAUGCUUGCGACGGAGAUUAGGAGUACAAUUAAAGGAGCAUUGACAUGGAAGGAAAUGGUCAGGGGAAAACAGGGGAGGGCUGGUGAUGAGAACAAAGAGCAGGUUGGAGUGAACGAAGAAGACGAAGGAGAGGGAGAAGGAGUAGAAGAGGAAGAAAGUGAAGGUGAGGAAGAGGCAAUUGAGCAGGAGGAAAUGAUGGAAGCGGCGGCUGAGGCUGUGGAGUCAGCUGCGAAGCGGAAAGAAGAGGAAGGCAAUAAUGAUGACGAUGAUGUGGAUGAUGAAAUGGAAGGAUGAGUUAGUAUUACGGAGAGUGGAAAGAGUUAUUGUAGUAAUGUUUUAUUAAUGAAAUAUUUACAUCGUGAACGGCGUCGUAGACGUGACACAUUUGAGCUCAUUAGGUAGUACAUGCUGAAAUCCAUGCAGUGUAGUGUAGUGUAGGUAAGGAUAAGAAUAAAAGGACGGAGAUGCGAUGCUGAAGGAAUAAUGGUACUCUGACAGAUGGUAACCGAGGAAUAGGACAAACACGAAAUUCGUAAAACAAACGAGAGAAAAGACUUAAUGAAAAUUUGGGUAUCCAAAAUCCGGGAAGCAAAGUUCCAACGCCAGACCCAAGUAACGCCGUGAGCAAUGGUG